CCGUCGCGGACUCAUCUGGCCCUGCCUUCAGAGCGCUGGCAAUGUUCACAUUUCAACUUCCGUUCUCAAACAAGUACAACUAACCAAUAUCCAAUUGAACUUUUGCUAUUGGAGGAAAUUCAGCAUGGAAUCCUCUGCGCCGAAGAGCAAGCUGAAGAAGCUGAGUGAGGACAGCUUGACCAAGCAACCAGAGGAAGUGUUCGAUGUUUUGGAGAAACUCGGUGAAGGCUCCUAUGGCAGCGUGUUUAAAGCCAUCCACAAGGAGUCUGGCCAAGUUGUGGCCAUCAAGCAGGUUCCAGUGGAAUCAGAUCUGCAGGAGAUCAUCAAAGAGAUUUCAAUAAUGCAACAGUGCGACAGCCCAUAUGUUGUAAAGUACUACGGGAGCUACUUCAAGAAUACUGACCUCUGGAUUGUCAUGGAGUACUGUGGAGCUGGCUCUGUCUCCGACAUCAUUCGCCUUCGCAACAAAACUCUGACAGAAGAUGAGAUCGCCACAAUUCUCAAGUCGACACUGAAGGGUCUGGAGUACCUCCACUUCAUGAGGAAGAUCCAUCGGGACAUCAAAGCCGGCAACAUCCUCCUUAAUACAGAGGGACACGCCAAGCUGGCUGACUUUGGCGUGGCAGGACAGUUAACGGACACCAUGGCAAAGAGAAACACUGUGAUUGGCACGCCCUUUUGGAUGGCCCCAGAGGUGAUCCAGGAGAUCGGCUACAAUUGUGUGGCAGACAUCUGGUCUCUAGGUAUCACCUCCAUAGAAAUGGCAGAGGGCAAGCCACCAUACGCAGACAUUCAUCCCAUGAGAGCAAUCUUCAUGAUCCCCACAAACCCACCGCCAACAUUCAGGAAGCCAGAACUGUGGUCAGAUGAUUUCACUGAUUUUGUAAAAAAGUGUUUGGUGAAGAAUCCUGAGCAGCGAGCGACAGCCACACAGCUUUUACAGCAUCCAUUCAUCUGCCAGGCUAAGCCUGUCACAAUCCUGAGAGACCUGAUCACUGAAGCGAUGGAGAUGAAAGCGAAGCGACAGCAGGAGCAGCAGAGAGAGUUGGAGGAGGAGGAUGACAAUUCGGAGGAGGAGACGGAGGUUGAUUCCCACACCAUGGUGAAGUCUGGUUCCGAGGGUGCCGGUACAAUGAGAGCUAACAGCACCAUGAGUGACGGCGCACAGACCAUGAUCGAACAUGGCAGCACCAUGCUGGAGUCUGACCUGGGGACGAUGGUCAUUAACAGCGAUGAAGAAGAUGAGGAGGAGGACCAGGGUUCUAUGAGGAGACACGCCACUCCGCAGCUCCCCAUUCGUCCUUCUUUUAUGGACUACUUUGACAAGCAGGACUCCAACAAAGCAGCUCAGCUGCAUGAGAACUACAACCACAACCAGCCCCAGGAGCAGCCCGGCUACCGCAUCCAAUCCAAGAACAUCUUCCCUGACAACUGGAAGGUUCCCCAAGAUGGAGACUUUGACUUUUUAAAAAACCUGGAUUUUGAGGAGCUCCAGAUGCGCUUGAGUGCUUUAGACCCCAUGAUGGAGCGGGAGAUCGAAGAGCUGCGGCAGCGGUACACAGCCAAGCGCCAGCCCAUCCUGGACGCAAUGGAUGCCAAGAAGCGACGGCAGCAGAACUUCUGAAGCUGUGUCACCUUUAACCCUCUCCUCUCCACGUUCCAAAAUCAGCGGAUCCGCCUCUGCCAGUCCUCAGAUGACAAGGAAACAAGCAUUUUUCGAUCCAGACCAGCCAGGAGUCUGAACACUGAGAGGAUUGAAGCAGACCAUGUAUAUAAGUGAACUAGUCUGCGGCAAAAGCAGCCAAGACCAAAGACAAUCAUGAGAAUGCUGUUGACUCUGAGAAUGCCUUAAAAUAUUUAUACUAGCUUUGAUAAAGAGCAACAACCACAUGGUCUCAGUAUCUCCCAGUGGACUGUUUACUCACAAUCAUGAACAUCAACCUUCCUCGCUCCUCCAGGUUCUGUUCUAGUCUCACUCUGUACAUAUUGAUCCAACAUUCAGUAAACAAACAUUCCAAAUCGUUCUGACAUUCAUUUUAAGAGUUGGAUCAUCCAGAUUUUUUGAGUGUGGAACCCACUCUUUUAAGUGGUUUAGUCUGAGACAUAUUGUAGGGGGUCCACUAUCGAUAUCUCCAUGUAUUAAUGAGGGAUGUUUCAACUUAUAAAAAAAAUUCCUUGAUUCCAAACACAUGCAAUGUUGACUGUUACACAUGAAUGUAGCAGGAUUCUUUUACACAAGCUGCGCAUUCAAAGCUAGGAAGUGCUUUUUUUAAGCUUGUAUUCUUUUCACUCAUUGACAGAAGCUUUGUUUUCAACUGUGCUACCAUGAGGAGCAGUGAAGUUUGACUCUGAAAAUGAGCCAAGUGUGACUCGACAGAAAGGGAGUGCUAGGUGGGGGGGGUGUACAGCUGAAUGCUUUUGUGUGACAAUGUUUUUAGUAACGUGUGCUACAUUUACACAUGUGAAUGUGUGAGCUGCUACUGCUGAAGCAGUUGUUUUCACAUGAUACAACAUGCUUGUAGCAUGACCUUGAAAAGACCUAAAGCAUUGUUGGAAUGAUGACAUUCAAGCAAAUAAGGAGUCUUACUGGUGUUAAUGAUGCAGCUGCUUCGGUGGAUGUACUUGCGGUGGCGUUCCAUUUGGUGUGCAAGCAGCCUCAUCCUCUCAAGUCUGUGACUCAGUUUGUGAGUAGUGAUAUCAGAAGUCCAGAUGCUUGUGCUCUUCAGCUCGCUGGAUGGAAGCGCUAACACAUGGCGCUACAUCUUGCAGCUACCUGUGCUCAUGCAAUCGCAACUGUUCUGUUCACGAUUGUCACCAAAGCUCAGAUGGAACUAGCAAACAGCCCUGGCUCUCGUAGCAUACAUGCCAGAAACUGAUGCGAAAGAAGCACCAGUGUUUACUAUUGUGCAUUUACUUGUGCUCAUGUAAACAACACAAUUCCUGGUGUUGGCAUUCUUAGUUAAUCAAAGUCGAUCCUCCAUUACAUCACUGGUUCCCCUUGUAGCUUGUUCAACUUUGCAUGUUCCUGUGAAGGCUUCAGUUUGUGCCUUACAAACUGAAGCUGUUAUUAUUUAUUUAAUAUCUUUAUUUCUCUGUGUGACAUUUCUGUUGUUGAUGCUGACAUGGCUGGUUAGAUUUCGCCUUGCCGUGGUGGUUCUUUUGUGUAUUUUGGAUUAUGCAUGUUUAAGACUUUUUUUCCGCUUAAGAAAAUGUACAGGUAUUAGAACAAAUUUACAUCCCAGAUUUCCAACUCAUUGCUAUAAUGACAUGUUGAAGUUGCAAAUCUGCCAUUGUAGUUAUACCCACUCAUGUCAUUCUUCCAUUGACAUAUUCAAUUCAGUAAUAAUAUUGUUAAUGGUUGAGCAUUAAGAGACGAAUGUUCUUCUUCAUAUUUAAACCAGUUAAUUUAUUUUUGCUUGUUAUACUUUAUAUUGUGAAUCACUUAAUAAAAGUUACUUUUAA